AUGGUGAACGACCUGCAAGCAGAGAUCGGCAGACGCAAACGCGCUGGAUGGGCCGCCUUCAACUCCAUCAAAGAAGUCACCAGUCAGCUGAAAGACCCGAAACUGCGAGCUCACAUCUUCGAAGCGUCGAUAAUCCCUGCCAUCUCCUACGGUACCGAAGUUUGGCCUGACACGAAGAAAAAUGCAACCGCCCUACGAACUUCCUACCGCGCACUGGAACGUGCUCUCAUCGGCACCACUCGCUUCGAGCAGUGGAAAAAAGAACAGAGGAGCACAGACCUCCGUCAACUAUCCCAAAUCCGGGAUCUAGAAGAGCACAUACAACGCGGGAAACAUCGUUGGGGCGGCCACGUCAUCCGCAGACAAGACGACCGCUGGUCCACGAGAUUAACACACUGGAUUCCGAGAAACAUCAAGCGCCCACCGACCAGAUGGACGGACUACUUCCGCAAGAACAUCAGUCAGCCAGGCCGCCACUGGAUGACCGUCGCGCAAGACCGAGCCGCCUGGAGAACGUGUGGUCCACGCUGA